GAGGGUCCCGGGCCCCCGGCUCCGCCCGGUCCCUCCCCGCCUUUUAGGCGCUGGCUCCGGGCUGGGACGUCUCAGUGCCUCCUGGUCCGGACAGCCACCCGUGCGCCCGACCCCGGCCCGUACAGCCCACUCUCCCGGCUCGCCUCUCCAGCCCACUCCCGGCCGCAGCCAUGGACGCCAUCAAGAAGAAGAUGCAGAUGCUCAAACUGGAUAAAGAGAACGCCAUCGACCGAGCCGAGCAAGCAGAAGCCGACAAGAAGCAAGCCGAAGACCGCUGCAAGCAGCUGGAAGAAGAGCAACAGGGACUCCAGAAGAAGCUCAAAGGAACAGAGGAUGAGGUGGAAAAGUAUUCUGAGGCUGUGAAAGAUGCCCAGGAGAAACUGGAGCAGGCUGAGAAAAAAGCCACCGAUGCUGAAGCAGAUGUGGCCUCCCUGAACCGGCGCAUCCAGCUGGUAGAGGAAGAGCUGGACAGGGCCCAGGAACGUCUGGCCACAGCCCUUCAGAAGCUGGAGGAAGCAGAGAAAGCAGCGGAUGAGAGCGAGAGAGGAAUGAAGGUCAUUGAGAACAGGGCCAUGAAGGACGAGGAGAAAAUGGAGCUUCAGGAGAUGCAACUAAAGGAAGCCAAGCACAUUGCUGAGGACUCCGACAGAAAAUACGAGGAGGUGGCCCGGAAGCUGGUGAUCCUGGAGGGGGAGCUGGAGCGCUCAGAGGAGAGAGCAGAGGUGGCUGAAAGUAAAUGUGGGGACCUAGAGGAGGAACUGAAAAUUGUUACCAACAACCUGAAAUCCUUGGAGGCCCAAGCAGACAAGUAUUCCACCAAAGAAGACAAAUAUGAAGAGGAAAUCAAACUGCUGGGGGAUAAACUGAAGGAGGCUGAGACCCGGGCAGAGUUUGCUGAGAGAUCUGUGGCCAAGCUGGAGAAAACCAUUGAUGAUCUGGAAGAUGAGGUCUAUGCCCAGAAGAUGAAGUACAAGGCCAUCAGUGAAGAGCUGGACAACGCCCUCAACGACAUCACCUCCCUCUAAGACCUGAGUCCCAGAUCCCUGGCCCUGGCCCCCUCUCUCCUCUAUUCCCCAUUUCUCAUCUUCUUUCCAUUCUCAUGGGGAGGUGGAGAAGGAGGAGUCAAAGCUGCUGACCUUGCACAAAAAAGCCAGGCUGGGGUGGGGGGAAUCUGACCAUUGCUCCCACCCCUCCUGCUAUUCACUGUCCAUCCUUCUAUCUAUGUCUGCUGUUUAAUAAACUUUCAACCUGGACUGCACCACAUUUCUCUCCCCUUCACUCCCGGAAUCCCUGAGCACUCCCUGGAACUCCUACUGGCCCUUAUCAUUCUCCAUAAAGCACCCCUCUGGUCUUCCCACGUGUCCCUCUGCUGGCGUCUCACAGAGCAGCCCUGCGAAUCCCAUGGGGUACCGCUGUGCUCCCCACUGAGUCCUGUACCUACCCCAGUCACCUUCCACUGGAACUCCCACUGCAUAGCGCUUUCAUCACGACCUGCACGAGUAUCACUGACUCCUAACACCUGCAUGAUUCCCCGUCCCACAUGACUUCACUGAGCACCCACUCCAGCAUCACCCACAGAGCACUCUUGUGCACUCACACCCAGUGGACACCCAAGUCAGUGAACUAAGUGCACAAGAGGAGGGGCUACCCAGGGAGGGAUGGGUGAGGCGGUCUUCCAUGCUCAAGGGACAAGCUUCUCCUCAUUCUUAAGAUCUAUUUCUUGCCUUUGACCCU